UACUUGGAAAUUUUGGUAAUAUUUGUUGCGUUGUAGCAGCUGUCAGGCUGCGUCGCAUUCCUGUCUUCGACUGCUGCAUGUGAAUAUGUGUUUUUAUAAUAGUUAUAAAUUGACAAUGGAGGGACCCAAUAGAUCAGGCUAUCAAUUUGUGACGCAGCUGGUGCGCAUCGGCAUCGUGGCCGUCGUCACCUACUACUGCGCCACGUGGAUAAUCAGCUCCGUGGAUCCGACCAGCAAGGCCAAAAAGAAGGCCAAACGGCUGGCCCAGAUCCAGCUGAAGAAACUGAACGAGAUGAGCGGGCAGGGCAAUAAGCUGAAGCUGAGCGAUUUCAACAGCUAUGAACUGAUGAUAGCCUCACAUCUGAUUGCUCCCGCCGAUAUCGAUGUCAGUUGGUCGGACAUUGCCGGCUUGGACUCGGUCAUCCAGGAGCUGCGCGAGUCUGUGGUGCUGCCCGUGCGGCACAGGGAUCUCUUUCAGCGCUCGCAGCUGUGGCGACCUCCCAAGGGUGUUCUGCUCUAUGGCCCGCCCGGCUGUGGCAAGACGUUGAUUGCCAAGGCCAUGGCCAAGGAGGCGGGCAUGCGUUUCAUCAAUCUGGACGUGGCGCUGCUCACCGACAAAUGGUAUGGGGAGUCGCAAAAAUUGGCAGCCGCCGUCUUUACGCUGGCCCACAAGCUGCAGCCCUGCAUUAUAUUCAUCGAUGAGAUUGAAUCAUUUCUGCGCAUGCGCGCCACCGCCGAUCACGAGGCGACGGCCAUGAUGAAGACCCAGUUCAUGAUGCUGUGGGACGGUUUGCUAAGCAGCUCCAACUGUUCGGUCCUGGUGCUGGGCGCUACGAACCGGCCGCAGGAUCUGGAUAAGGCCAUUCUGCGACGCAUGGCCACGCAAUUUCACAUUGGGCCACCGCUGGAGCGUCAGCGCUUGGCCAUACUCCAGGUGAUAUUGCAGCAGGAGCAGCUGCAUCCCACCGUCGACCUGAAGCGCCUGGCCAACCUGACGCCCGGCUAUUCGGGCUCGGACUUGCGGGAGCUGUGCCGCCACGCCAGCAUCUAUCGCAUGCGGCAAUAUAUGCGGGACCUGAUGAUCAAGGAGGGCAGCUGCGUCAUCGAUGCGAAUGCGGUGGACGAAAACGAGCUGGUCAUUAGCAUGGACGACCUAUUGAAGUCCUUGGUCAACAUGAACAUGUCCAAGCUGCAAACGGGCAGCACCUAUUUGACUAAGAAUAUCGAUCUGGACUAGCAUAUAUGUAUUUAUAUAUAUUUCUAUAUCUGCAUAGUUGUGGGGACAAAAGUAUAUAUAUGUA